AUGUAUCUAACAAAAUUUCCAAGUAUCUUACGCUUCAAUCGACAAUGUUCAACGAUUGCACAUACAUUAAAAGUUAAGCAACAAAUCAAUGAUGCCAAAGCCACUGCUGCACUUGGAGGUGGACUUAAAAGAAUUGAAGCACAACACAAGAAAGGAAAAUUAACUGCACGUGAAAGAAUUAGCAUUUUGUGUGAUCCAAAUUCUUUCCGUGAAUAUGAUAUGUUAAUGGAACAUGACUGUACUAAUUUUGGAAUGGACAAGCAAAAAUUUGCCGGUGAUUCUGUUGUUACAGGAAGAGGAACAAUUGCUGGAAGACCAGUUUUUGUUUUUUCACAAGAUUUUACUGUUUUUGGAGGUUCUCUUUCAGCUGUACAUGCUAAGAAAAUUUGUAAGAUAAUGGAUCAAGCUGUUAAAGUUGGUGCACCAGUUAUUGGAUUAAAUGAUUCUGGUGGUGCUAGAAUUCAAGAAGGUGUUGAUUCCCUUGCUGGGUAUGCUGACAUUUUCUACAGAAAUGUUCAAUCAUCUGGUGUUAUUCCUCAAAUUUCUCUUGUUCUUGGACCAUGUGCCGGUGGUGCUGUUUAUUCACCUGCUUUGACUGAUUUUACUUUUAUGGUUAGAGACAGUUAUCUUUUCAUUACUGGACCUGAAGUAGUUAAAGCUGUUACCAAUGAAAGUGUUACACAAGAAGAACUUGGUGGUACUAAAACUCAUACAGUUACAUCUGGAGUUGCUCAUGGAGCUUUUGAUAAUGAUAUUGAUGCUUUAUUAAAUAUGCGUGCCUUAUUUAAUUAUCUUCCACUAUCAUGUAAUGAACCUCCACCAACACGUGUCUGUGAAGAUCCAUGGGAUCGUGAUGUACCAAAUCUUGAUACUGUUAUCCCACUUGAAUCAACUACUGCUUAUAACAUGAAAGAUGUUAUUACUUCUAUUGUUGAUGAAGGGGAAUUCUUUGAAAUUCAUUCAGAAUACGCAAAAAAUAUUGUUGUAGGAUUUGGUCGUAUGAAUGGAAGAACUGUUGGUAUUGUUGGAAAUAAUCCAAAAUUUGCUGCUGGAUGUCUUGAUAUUAAUUCAUCUGUCAAAGGAGCUCGUUUUGUUCGUUUCUGUGAUGCUUUUAAUAUUCCAUUAAUUACUUUUGUUGAUGUACCCGGAUUUCUUCCUGGAACUGCUCAAGAAUAUGGUGGUAUCAUUCGUCAUGGAGCUAAACUUUUAUAUGCUUAUGCUGAAGCAACUGUUCCAAAAAUUACUAUUAUUACACGUAAAGCUUUUGGUGGAGCUUAUGAUGUUAUGUCAUCAAAACAUUUACAAGCUGAUAUCAAUUAUGCCUGGCCAACAGCUGAAGUAGCUGUUAUGGGUGCUAAAGGAGCUGUACAAAUUUUAUACAGAAACGAUAAAGAAAACUGGUCUAAACAUGAAGAAGAUUAUAUUGACAAAUUUUCAAAUCCUUUCCCAGCUGCUAAAAGAGGAUUUAUCGAUGACAUUAUUGAACCAUCAACAACAAGAAGGAGAAUUUGUGAAGAUUUAAAACUUUUAGAAAAUAAAGUAGUUGUCAAACCAAAAAAGCGACAUGCUAAUAUCCCAUUAUAA